AUGAAUAGGUAAAGAAAACUAACAAAUUUCGAAGAAUUUAGACAAGAUUACUUUGAUGUUAUUGCUGAUGAUAGAGCAAAACUUUUUAACUUCUUUUUUGAAUAUAAUAGGCAAUUUGGAUUUAUUAACUAAGAAGAUUAUGUAUAGUGCACAGCUGCUUAUCUAAAUUAUAGGGCUAGAACUAGUUUAGCAUUAUUUGGAAGUCCUUUGGUAGUUUUUAUUGCCAACAAAACAAUAUUCAGAAAUUUUUAAAGAAUUCCUGUUUUUAGACCAGCAGUCUUUUCCAUUAAAUACAUAGGAAUACCAUUAUUAUCUUUUUAUGUUACAAGUAAAUACUUUUGCUAGGAUACUGAAAAACUAUUUUAUGAAAUGGCUGAAAAAUAUCAAUUUGGAUUUUAUCAAUACAAUUAAGCAAUGGAUCUUUUAGAAAGAGCUCAUAAAGCAAAUAGAUUAGAUGAAUUUAUGGAAAAAGGAACAUCAUUUGAUUGGACAGGAAUACCAGAAUUAAAAAAAUAUUGAUAAUUUAUUAUAAUAUAAUAAUAAUCCCU